UGUCCUGCUCCCAAGCCUUGUCCUGCUCCGUGCCCGUGGCAGCACCAUGGCUCUCCGCCCUUUCCUGCUGCUGCUGCUGCUGCUGGCUGCCACCCUCCUCAUCACCCAGGCUCAAGGCAUUGGAAGCUCAGCCUUGGACUGCUGCCUGAAGAACAGACCUUUGAAGAAGGAAAUCAGUGGCGUGGUGACAUCCUACCGCCUCCAGGGACCCGAGUCGGGAUGUUACCUUCGUGCUGUUGUGCUCAUCACCAAGAAGAACAGGAAAAUCUGUGCCUCUCCCACUGAUGACACUGUCCAGAAGCUGAUGCAGCAGCUGGACAAGAAGGACAAGAAUGACAAGAGCAGGAAGAAGGGGCAGCGUCCCAGGGGCAGGCCCAAGAAGCAGAGGCGGCAGCGGGCCUGAGUCAGGCCUGAACAGGACGGAUGCCUUCCCACUGGUGACUGACCCACGGCCCGGCAAUGGCGAUGGACAUGCACAAACCACACACCCACCCACCCGCCAGCCCCAGGGCGGGGAUGGGGCAGGCUGAGGAGGAUUCCCUCUGCCCCACAACCUCUUUGUUGCUGCUAUGCCUGACACAGAGAUCCCCCAGCACCUGCAGUGCCUGGGUGCUCUCAGCAAGGCAGGCACCCAGGUCCUCACUCGUCCCAGGGCCAAAUAAGUGGGGACCUGGGCGUGGGAGCUGAGCCAUGGCCUCUAGAGGG